AUGGCUACCCUAGGUGCCGAGCAUGCUGACAAGAAGCACAAGGUGACGGUUAUCGGCUCCGGUAACUGGGGCUCGACAAUUUCCAAAAUCGUCGCCGAGAAUACCAAGGAGUAUCCCGACAUAUUUGAAGAGGAGGUGCAGAUGUGGGUGUACGAGGAAGAGGUCACGCUGCCCUCGGAUUCUCCUCACUACGACCCGGCCAUUGGCGACAAGCCGCAAAACCUCACCCACAUCAUCAACACCUACCAUGAGAAUAUCAAGUACCUCCCCGGCGUCCGGCUGCCUUCCAACCUCGUUGCCAACCCUUCCGUCGUCGAUGCCGCCCGGGACGCCACGAUUUUGAUAUUCAACCUCCCCCAUCAGUUCAUCCACUCCGUAUGCGACAAGCUCCGCGGCCACAUCCUCCCCUUUGCCCGCGGCAUAUCCUGCAUCAAGGGCGUGAACGUCAGCGAUGACGGCAUUUCGCUGUUCUCCGAGUGGAUCGGCGACGGCCUAGGCAUCUACGUCGGAGCCCUCUCCGGCGCCAACAUUGCGUCCGAGAUCGCCGCCGAGAAGUGGUCCGAGACCACGAUUGCCUACGACCCUCCCCCGAUGGACAACUCGCGCGUCCCUUCUCCUCGCGCCACGUCGCGAUCCCCCUGCCAUGGCUGCGCCCAGGCAAACGGAGACGGAAACGGAGACGGCAGGGCCGCCAGCGCAAACAUCGUCGAUCGGCUCCAGGCCCUCACGCCGGCCGACAUGCAGCACAAGGACGCACGCGGCCGCACGUCCAAGACCAAGCUCACCCCGCUCCCGGCCGUCUACCCGCCGCUCGACCACGACACGUUCAAGCGGCUCUUCCACCGGUCGUACUUCCACGUGCGCAUGGUCUCGGACGUGGCGGGCGUCUCGCUGGGCGGCGCCCUCAAAAACAUCGUCGCCAUCGCCGCCGGCUUCGUCGACGGCCGCGGCUGGGGCGACAACGCCAAGGCGGCCAUCAUGCGCGUCGGCCUGCUCGAGAUGGUCAAGUUCGGCCAGGAGUUCUUCGGCGAGACCGUCCGCACGGGCACCUUCACCGAGGAGAGCGCCGGUGUGGCCGACCUCAUCACCAGCUGCAGCGGCGGCCGCAACUUCCGCUGUGCGCGCAAGGCCGUGCUCGAGGGCCUCAGCGUGCAGGAGGUCGAGGCGCGCGAGCUGAACGGGCAGAAGCUCCAGGGUACCAGCACCGCGGCUGAGGUGAACAGCUUCCUCAAGGCGCGCGGGCUGGAGUUGGAGUACCCGCUCUUCACCGCCGUUCAUGAGAUUCUGGAGGGCCGACACAGCGUUGACGAUAUUCCCAGCCUUGUCUCGGACAACUAA